AUGGACGCCCUUGUUGAGCAGUACGCAAGUGGCCUAGAAGAAGCCAUUUUGGCAUUUGCUGGCAGGCUCGAUUCUAAGGACAUAAGAGAGAGCUUGUACUACGAGAAUCCUGAGUUUACUGCCGCAGUGGAUGCCUCGUUCAGCACGCUAAACAUAGACACUCUUAUAGUGGACAAAAUCUUACUAUUCAACGGGAUCUUCACCAAAUGUCAUUUGAAACUUGAGGGAUCAGAGCAGGAAGGUUCCAAAGACCCAGAGCUGUAUUUAGCACAGAUGCUUCUUCUUUUGGAUUCCUCAAUCUACCUAUCCUUUGUGAAAUACUCUGGCCUCAAUCCUGUACCCAUGCAGACCCUGAACUCUAUCAUGAUACUGAGUCCUACAGAUUUUGUUGUGGAUACGUUUGGUCCGGUUUUUUUCUCGCACAGGUCCGUCGACAGACGGCUCAGACUGACUCUUCACAAUACGCUAGUUGGAAAAGCCAAGCCAGGCUCAACGCUGUUGCAGAUCGGCAACGUUCUGCUCCCUCGACUGCUUGGACAACUGGAGUCGCACGAUGUAUUUGCUGCUCAGCUGAUGGUUUUUAUCACUAAUGCCUUUGAUAUCAACGACAAAUUGCUGCUGACCAGCGACUGGAAGCUGAACGACUUUAAUAAAACAUACCUCGAGUUCUCCAAGUCCCGCAAGUGGCCGUCUAACGCCAACAGAAACCCAGGCCGCCGCACAAACGACGCCUUCCAGGAGUACAUGGUUCUGGCGCUAUAUUUCACGACAGACUUCAAGAGACUGGUGGAAGAGCUCAAUGCAUACAGGGGAAACAGAUAUUCCAAGACAGGCCUGCCGCUAAUAGACAAUUGCAAGAAAAUCAUCAAGACUAUCAAGGAAAUGGACGCACAAGAGCCUGCUCCAAAGAUUGGAAGCACCCACGACCUGACAGCGGAGGAAUACAGCCAGCUGGUCGACAGCUUUGCGGCAAAGGAGUACGAGUGCGACUGGCUGCUGAACGCUGAUGAGUUUGGUGUCCAACUCAAACAGCCUAGCCGUCGCUGGGCGGUGAUAUUUCAGAUUUACGUGAUGGUCUCGUUCAUCUACGACCUCACGGACGCCAAGUGGACGAAGGUGCUUGGCGACAUCAACGCCAAGUAUAAGAAGUUUCGCAAGCCGGAGUUUGACGCGAUGCUGGCCAACGAUAGCGUCAAGAGCCAGUUAGUCGAGGUGCUCACGGAAAUAGAGCGACACUACGCGAGCUACUUCCCUGCAUUUCACCGCAUUUUGAAACAUGUUGUCGACAACACGGAGAUCAGAUGGCGGGCCUUGAAACUUAAGCAGUUCAACCACGAGAAUCUGGAGGAUCUGAAAGCGCUUUCGAACGAGAGGAAGCGCAAAUUGGAAGAACACCUCGACAAGGAGCCGGAGCUAAAGGCACCAUAUACAUACAAGUUAGGAACGGCAAAACUAUCGCAGAUAUGGAGUGUCAAAACAGGUCUGGCCGAGAUCGAGCGGAAACUGGCGGACCCGCAGGAAUUGCUGGAGAAUUACAAGGACGAGCUCUACUUCGUGGAAGGCAGUCUGCAGAGCGGCGAAAAGAGCGAGGAGCUGCUGGAGAAGCAGGAGCUACUCAUGUGGAAGAAACAACGGCUUGAACGCGGGCUCGGGGGGUGGUUGAAUUUGUAG